CGGAGCAGGACACGGAGGGACACGGAGGCAGGAAGCGGCCAUGGCAGACUGGGGCCGAGGUCCAAACACAAAUGCGGUGGAUGAUAUGUUAGAUGUGGAAAAUAAGCGCAGGACAGAAAAUCUGGCCACUAAAGUCACCCGUCUAAAAUCGCUUGCAUUGGACAUUGACAAAGAUGCUGAGGAUGAAAACAGGUACCUGGAUAAUAUG